GCGCUGGUCGAACCGUCGUCAGACGGCGUGUGACGCAGAAUCAUGGAGGUGUUUGUUUGUGCCGCCUGGUCUGAUUUUCCUGGGUCGAAGUUCUCAACCGUUGUAUUUCCACUCGGGUCCGUCGUCCGAAAUGUUUUGGAACAUUUUGUCCAGCCGCCACGGCAACAGGACUUUUUCGUCACUAGAAACGGACGACUGACUGACCUCCAAGACCCUCUGCAGAAUGGAGCAAUCUAUCACUUGGAGCCGCGGCUGUGUGGAGGAAAGGGAGGGUUCGGCUCCAUGCUGCGAGCUCUCGGCGCUCAGAUCGAGAAGACCACUAAUCGUGAGGCCUGCAGAGAUCUAAGCGGCCGCCGCCUCCGCGAUGUCAACCAUGAGAAAGAGAUGGGGGAUUGGCUGAAGAAGCAGGCAGAGCGUGAGGCAGAGAAGGACCAGCGGCGUCUGGAGCGGCUGCAGAAGAAACUGGAAGAACCCAAACACCAGUUCAGCGACGCUCAGUACCAGCAGCAGUGUCACGACAUGUCGGAGCGACUGGAGGAUUCGGUGCUCAAAGGUCUCCAGGCGAGCUCUAGCUCUCAGGUGAAGGCCGACAACAUUCUGGGCUCAAAGAGACCAAACUUGGGUCAGAGCAAGCAGCCAAAAAACAAGAAGAAGAAGAUGGGUGCCACCUACUGGUCGGGAGUCGAUCUGCUGAGCUCUGAUGAGGAAGAUGAAGAUGAAGAAGAUGAUGAUGAUGAAGACGACGAAGCAGAAGCGGGUCCGUCCACAUCUUCACCCGACUGUGGUUCAUCUAUAGGUGUGAAAACUGUUGAGCCCGAGAAGGAAGUCCAGAGUGGAGCAUCUGCAGCACCUUCAGAGGCCAGUUUGGAGACUCAGGCUGAUGCUGGUAACCAUGACGACAGCCCGCACACGCUGCCUGAUGACAGCGCAGGUGAAAAUGGCGACCAAGUACUCGAGCCUCAGGACAACAGUAGCCAUAGCAAUGAAGGGCAAGGGCAACCUGAUGAGAGCAACAGUGAAAGCCAGCAGCCUGAUGAAAGCAACUGUGACCAAGGCAACGGAGUUCCAGAACUGCCUGAAGAUAGUAACCCCAGCAACGGAGGAGCCUGCCAGGCUGAUGACAUCACAGAUAGCAACAUAGAAGUCACACCACCAGCAGAUGGCGACAGUAAGCCCAAGCAGCCUGAUGGCAGUGUCAGUAACCACGGCGAUGGCAGCACGCAGGCGCCCCAGGAAGCGCAUGAGCAGGUGGACCUAUCCUCCAUGUCCUCGGCCCAGCAGCUGGAGUCUUUGGGUUUGGAGGUUCUGAAGGCUGAGUUGAUGUCUCGCGGGCUCAAGUGUGGUGGGACUCUGUCAGAGCGGGCAGCAAGACUCUUCUCAGUCAAAGACCUGAAACCAGAGCAGAUUGACCCGGCGCUGCUCGCCAAGCCCAGCAAGACCAAAAGGAAAUGAACCGGUCCAAUACAAGUCCUGGAGCGGUUCUUAGCGUUUUCUGUGACCUUUUUUUAUUUUAAUUAAUUUUCUUGAGUCAUUAAAAGUCCAAACCCCCUGA